AUGGCAUCGAGAAUUUCACGGUGUAGUUCUGUAUCUGAUGAAAGGUAUAGCUCAGCUUGUGCACUGCUCAAAGAUUUUUGCGAGCGAACUAGUUCACAUGGUAUUCCAUUAAUUAGCUCGCCAUCUUUUUUUAGUCGUACUGUAUGGACACUAAUCACUUUACUGUGCUUUGUUUUAUUCCUUUACCAAACAUAUUGGACGUUAUCAGAAUUUCUCCAAUACAGAACAAUAAUUGAAAUGCAGUUAAAAUUUGAACCUGCUCCUUUUCCCGCAGCUACUGUUUGCAAUUUGAAUGCCUUUAAAAACAGUGAAUUAAAGAAGUAUCAAACUAUCUAUGAAGGGUUAGAUAUUUGGGAAGAAAAAAUCAAUCGGUAUAAAGGUUCAGCAAUUUACUCCGAUAUCUCAGUAAGAAAAAGGCGUGAAGUUAAUUACACGCCUGUAUUUGUUCGAUGUAAUUGCAUUCAUCCAGAUGAUCUUUGUGUUCCACAAAGAAAUCCUUUACAAAGAAAUACAACAGUAUGCAUUUGUUUCGAAGAUGUAAAUACAGGCAAUAUUUGGCCAUGUUAUGCUACAACUAUGUGGACCGAGAAGCAGUGCUUUGAUUGCUCGUUAUCGAAUACUUGUAAUGAUCCUGAUCGAUCCAAUACUUCUGUGUCAAAUUCAUCAACUAAGAUUCACAAGUGUUUGUGUCAAUUCGUCUCCAAUAACUGCGUUAUAGUGCCAGAAGGUGGCAUGCGAUGGUGGAAUCCUAAUAAUUUUACAAUAUAUUCUGUCAUGUCAUCAUCAACAGCAUCUUUUGAACUUGCUGAAACCUUUGGCUUGACUGAAAGACAAGAUCCAGCUGCUAUGACAGCAAAGGCGAAAGAAAAUGUGAUAUUCAUGGUUGCUGCAUUGCCUCAAGAAGUACGUAGAAAUCUGUCUUACACACUGGAAGAAUUUGUACUUCGUUGUUCAUUCAAUAGCGAAGAUUGCAUUCUUGAUAGGGAUUUUGAAUUACAUAUGGAUCCUGAAUAUGGAAAUUGCUACACAUUUAACUUUAACGAUUCGGUUGAACUGAAAAAUAGUCGUGCAGGACCUAUGUAUGGAUUGCGUUUACUACUUAAUGUCAAUCAGAGUGAUUAUUUGCCCACAACUGAAGCCGCUGGUGUUCGGCUUGUUGUCCAUGAACAGGAUCAGGAGCCUUUUCCAGACACAUUUGGUUAUAGUGCACCGACCGGAGUUGUGUCGUCAUUUGGCUUGAAAAUGAAAGUUUUACAUCGUCUUGAUGCACCAUACGGAAUGUGUAGUGACACAUUUAGGCCAGCUGGCUAUAUUUAUGCAGAACAUUAUUCACCUGAGGGUUGCUAUCGUAAUUGUUUUCAACAUACAGUAUUGAAUAGAUGUGGCUGUGGUGAUCCACGAUUUCCAUUACCUUCGGCAGAUUAUCAUCCAUGUAACGUGAGGAAUAUAACCGAAAGUAAAUGUCUGCGCAACUUUACUCAGCAUUCUGGUGGCUUUCAUCACAUCCAACAUGAUUGCGAAUGUGUUCAGCCUUGUAAUGAAAAUGUUUUUGAAACGGCUUAUUCGGCAGCUGCUUGGCCAGCGGAAAAUUUUAUCAUUGGUAUCGAAUGCCCAGCUGUUAUUGACAUUGCAAAUGACUCUAGUGCUUGCACCGAAUAUUACAGAAAAAAUACAGCUUACAUUGAAAUUUAUUAUGAACAACUGAACUUUGAAACACUUCGCGAAACUGCUGGAUAUUCGAUUGUAAAUUUAUUUUCGGACUUUGGUGGCAAUAUUGGUCUCUGGAUUGGAUUUUCAAUCAUAACAAUGAUGGAAAUAGUUGAACUCAUGUGUGAAAUGUGCUAUUAUGUAGCAUGCAAACGACCAACGAGAAUGGCUCGAUUGAAGCAGCGACGCGAUAAUGAGCACGCGAAGCUGCAAUUUCGGUGCCAUCCUGAUAGCUUAUCCAUAUAUUCAAAAACCGUCGAUCACUCAAUUACAGUAGAAUCAAAUCUUGAUCUCGAGGAAGCUUUUACAAUCAAUCACUCUUCUCGACACUGA